AUGCAGGACUUGAUAGCCAUUGUUGGCUCUGCUUGUCGAUUCCCUGGGCAAUCAGAUAGCCCUUCAAAGCUAUGGACUCGGUUAAAAGAGCCCGUCGACCUUCGCAAGACCUUCCCUCCUGAGAGACUGAACCUCGCUCGGUUCUAUCAUCCAGAUGGAGAGCAUCAUGGCAGCACAGAUGUACGUGGGAUGGCAUACUUGCUGUCAGAGGACCCUCGUCAGUUUGAUGCCUCUUUCUUUAAUAUCAACCCUCGCGAGGCGGAAGGGAUGGAUCCUCAACAGAGGCUGCUGUUGGAGACUACCUAUGAGGCCCUUGAGGCGGCCGGCUACUCACUGGAGGCCAUGAACGGCUCAAAAACAUCUGUUCACGUCGGCGUAAUGAACGCAGAUUUCAGCAACAUUCAGCUACGAGAUUCGGAAGUGCUACCUACAUACAAUGCCACUGGCACCUCCAUAAGCAUUCUUUCAAAUCGACUGUCAUACUUUUUCAAUCUAAAGGGCCCGUCAGUGACUGUCGACACGGCCUGCUCCAGCUCACUGGUAGCCUUGCAUCAGGCCGUCCAGGGCCUUCGCGCCGGUGAUGCAACCUCCGCCAUUGUUGCCGGCGCAAAUUUGAUUUUCGAUCCAGCUAUGCACAUCGCUGAGUCGAGCCUGCAUAUGCUGUCCCCUGACUCAUGCUCGAGGAUGUGGGAUAAGGAUGCCAAUGGAUAUGCUCGGGGAGAAGGGUUCGGUGUAUUGCUCCUCAAGCCGCUGAGUCGAGCCAUUAUGGAUGGCGACCACAUCGAGGCAGUCAUCCGCAGCACGGGUGUCAACUCCGAUGGCCGUACCAGGGGCAUCACCAUGCCCAACGCAGCGUCUCAAACGGAGCUUAUUCGGCAGACAUACCGGGAUGCAGGCCUUGACCCUAUCCUGGAUCGAUGCCAGUAUUUUGAAUGCCACGGAACAGGCACUGCUGCUGGAGACCCCAUAGAAGCGCGCGCUGUGCACGAUGCAUUCUUCCCGGCUGAAACAGGCACAUCCUCGAACCCGCUUAUUCCCAACGGCAAGCUGUACGUCGGAUCCGUGAAGACGAUCAUUGGUCAUCUAGAAGGUUGUGCGGGCAUUGCUGGAGUCCUCAAGGCUGUUCUCGCCAUCAAGAACCGCACCAUCCCUCCAAACAUGCACUUCCACGAGCCGAAUCCUGAAGUUAUCCCCUUUUACACCCGUCUUGAAAUCCCCACAGCCCCGAUACCAUGGCCGGAUACUGGCAGAUCUCCCAUGCGUGCCAGUGUCAACAGCUUUGGAUUCGGCGGGACGAACGCUCAUGCUAUCAUCGAAGGAUACGACGCGCUGAGCAAUCCAGUACGGGAGACGACGAUAACACCUGAUGAUCUCUUCAUUGGACCUCUGUUGUUCUCCGCUAACUCCAGCACGUCCCUUGUUGCCAAUGUCAAAAACAUUGCGGAGCGGAUCAGGUCCGACGCUUCAAUUGAUCUUGAAAGGCUGGUGUGGACAUUACAUGCUCGGCGGAGCGUCUUGCCCAUCAAAGCCUUCUUCACAGGUGGUACCGUGCAGAGAUUGCUCAACUUCAUGGAUCGGUUCAUGGCAGACUCCGAGGUAGCCACGAGCUCGACAGCCGGAAUCAAAUACCAGCCGCUGAAUCCGGCCGAAGCCCCCGGAGUCCUUGGUAUCUUCACUGGCCAAGGUGCGCAAUGGGCUUCCAUGGGUUCUACCCUUCUCCAGCAGAACCUUGUCUUUCGAGCAGCUAUUGAGCAGUGCCAGGCUGCCUUGGCCGCACUGCACGACGGCCCUCAAUGGUCUUUGGUAGACGAGCUCGUGAGAGGAGCGACCGAGUCUCGCAUCGGGGAAGCAGCCUUAUCACAGCCGCUCUGUACCGCUCUACAGAUAGGGCUAGUGGACAUGCUGAGGUCCGCGGGCAUCGAACUUGAUGCGGUAGUGGGCCAUUCCUCCGGCGAGAUUGCCGCCGUAUACGCCGCUGGGAUUAUCGAUGCAGAGGACGCCAUCAAGAUUGCAUACUACCGUGGCUACUACGCCAAAUUCGCUACCGGGGCACGAGGUCAAGCCGGGCGCAUGAUGGCCACUGCCAUGUCCUUUGACGAAGCGGAGGAAUUCUGUGCCCGACCUCAAUGGCAUUGUCGUCUUGUGGCUGCUGCAAGCAACUCCCCACAGAGUGUCACACUUUCCGGCGACAUCGAUGCCAUCGAGGAAGCAAUGCAGAUUUUCGAGUCCGAAAAGAGAUUCGCGCGGAUCUUGCGAACCGAUACUGCUUACCAUUCGCAUCAUUUGCAGCCAUGUGCUGAGCUAUACCUGAAAGCAUUGCGAGCCUGCCAGAUCAAGGUGAAUCCGCCCCGGAAGGACUGUGUGUGGAUAUCCAGCGUCCGUGGCGAUGCCCAAUUACUAGAGGGGGGCCUGUCAACGCUGGUAGACCAGUACUGGGUGGACAACAUGUGCAACCCGGUUUUGUUCGCGCAAGCAAUUGAGACUGCGAUCUGGAACGGGGGCCCCUUUGAUGUGGCCGUCGAACUGGGCCCACAUCCAGCGCUCAAAAGCCCCGUGGAGCAAACAAUCAAGGCAGUCUAUGGGCCUACCCCGGCCUACGCCGGACUCAUGCGGCGCGGUGACAAUGAGAUCGAGGCGUUCUCUGGCGGCGUCGGUUUCGUUUGGUCGCGACUUGGACCGAACGCCGUCGACAUGAGUGGAUACCGCAAGAGUUUCAAGGGAGCCGAUCGUCUACGGCCACAGGUGCUGAAAGACCUGCCACCCUACUCUUGGGACCACGGCAAGCAGUACUGGAAGGAAUCUCGUAUCUCCCGCCAAUAUCGGCUGCGGCAGGAUACUCCGCACGAAUUACUAGGCCGUCGAGUUCCCGAUGACACUGAUGACAGCCGGAGAUGGCGAAACGUACUGCGCCUCAACGAAUUGCCUUGGAUCAAGGGCCACGUCUUUCAAGGACAGGUUCUGUUUCCCGGAGCUGGCUAUGUGGCUAUGGUUCUGGAGGCAGCACGGGCGCUAACAGAUGGCCGACCGGUCACUUUGUUGGAGCUCGAGGAUGUUUCUCUGCGCCGCGCAUUGGUUAUUCCAGAGCAAGGAGGUGUCGAAACCGUCUUCACUGCCCGGGUCAUCGACGCGAAAGAUGGGAAAAAGUCCACCGACCGACUGGAAGCAGAGUUUGCGUGUUAUUUUUGCUCCGCCGAGGGCACCGAGCCGUUGGUUAAAGCAUGCACAGGCCGUCUCAUCAUCAACUAUGGCGAUCCGGUACUAGAUGCCCUGCCACAAAGAACCCGGUUACCAGCAAACAAUGUACCAGUAGACAUGGGGAGGUUCUACGAUUCCAUGAACAACAUUGGUCUGGAUUAUCAGGGAAUUUUCCGCGGUCUAGUUUUUGGCAAGCGAUCUCUGGGCUGUUCAUCAGUCAAGGCCGCUUGGGGGCCAGAUAUGCAAAUUGACGACUAUGUUGUCAACCCUGGCUUCUUGGAUGUUGCAUUCCAGUCACUCUAUACGGCCUUUUCGUCUCCCGCCAGUGGAGAGAUCUGGGCCCCUUAUCUGCCGAUUCACAUUGAGAGACUCGCCGUGAACCCCAAUGUGUCUUACCGAAUCGGGAAAGUCGAGACUCAAAUGGAGGCGGACGCGUUCAUUACUACAGCGAACUCUACACUCCUUAAAGGAGAUAUCCAGCUUUACCAAUGUGAAUCUCAGCAUGCUACCCUCCAGGUCGAAGGGAUCUCGUUGAAAUCCAUGUCCGAACCUCAGCCGGAGAACGAUAGAUGCCUAUUCUCGGAGACUGUCUGGGGCCCUGAUGUCUCAUUGGGCGUCACUGAAGUGGCUAGCCAUGCAGCCAAGGAUGACAUUCACCUGGUAGAGGCUUUGGACCGAGUGUCCCUGUUCUACUGGCAGAAGCUUCUUGAAGAGGUCGGCGCGGAGAUCGCCCAGUUCCAGUGGAACCACCAGCGAAUGUUUGACGCCGUCGAUUUCCAGGUCGCCUCCGUGCGCAGCGGAAAACAUCCCAUUGCGAAGUCAGCAUGGCUCAAGGAUGAUUGGAAUACCAUCCUUGCAGUAAGCGAGCCUUAUGCGUCUCGUGUGGAUAUGCGACUCAUCCACGCGGUUGGAGAGAAUCUGACCUCCGUUGUGCGUGGUGACACACAGCUGCUGGAAGUCAUGGUCCAGGAUGACAUGCUCAACCGCUUUUACAUGGAAGGAUAUGGUUUUUCAGUCAUCAAUAGCGCGGUCUCGGACGCUCUGGAGCAGAUCACGUUCAAGUAUCCUCACGCAAACAUCCUGGAAAUUGGCGCCGGCACUGGUGGAACGACCCGGAGUAUCCUUAACCGAAUUGGCAGCCGCUAUGGAUCUUACACAUACACAGAUAUCUCCCCUGCCUUCUUCAAAGUCGCGGCUGAAAAGUUCGAGGACGCACGGCGAAAAAUACAGUUCAGGGUCUUGGAUGUGGAAAAGGAGGUUGGCGCUCAGGGCUUCGACGAGCGCAGCUACGACGUCAUCGUCGCCGCGAAUGUCCUCCAUGCCACGCGCAAGCUGGAAGAGACCAUGAAUCAUGUUCGGGCUCUUCUCAAACCCGGCGGGUAUCUUGUUCUGAUGGAGAUUACUGGCUCACAUGUCUUGCGGACGCAGUUCAUCAUGGGUGGCCUUCCAGGCUGGUGGUACGGCGUAGAUGACGGACGUGUCCUGUCCCCCGCCAUAUCGGUUGAGCAAUGGAACCAGCUACUUCUCGAUACUGGCUUCUCUGGCUUGGACUGUUUGAGGCCGGACAUGUUGGAUGAAGACAAGCACUCCUUCUCACUCAUGGUGAGCCAGGCCAUGGAUGAGAAGACGCAAAUGCUCAGGUAUCCAGCAUUGUCCACGAGCUUUGCCCCAACAGGGGAUGUUCUAAUCAUCGGAGGCCGAACCAAUCCGAAGGUGGAGAUAGUUCAGGAAAUCCGUCACUACCUCGCCUCCUGGACGAGUCGUGUACAGGUUUGGCAUAGUAUCCAAACCAAGCAGCUGGAUCGGCUGGCUCAAUUCGAAAAUGUCAUUUGCCUCGAAGAGUUGGAUCAACCUUUAUUCUCCACUACCAUGACUGGCGAGACGCUGCUAGCUCUGCAAAGGGUUUUGAGCGGGACAAGGAAUGUUGUCUGGGCCAUUAACAACGCCAAUGGCGAGAACGCCCAUGUUAACAUGACAGUCGGUAUCGGGCGAGCAUUGAGAACAGAGGUCCCUGGUUUGAACCUCCUAUUCGUCGAAGUCGAUGCUAUUGAUAAUGCUCCCGCAUGUGCACAACAGCUCUCGCAGAUGUUACUGCAGCUAGUAAUUAGAUCACUGUGCGCGACUGAGAACAUGCUGUGCGCAGUGGAGCCGGAAAUUCGAGUCCAAGACGGGCGGCGCCUUAUUCCUCGGGUUCUUCCCAUAGCGCCAAUGAACCAGACGUACAAUGCGAGUCGACGAGUCAUUACCAAGGCAGUCAAUAUCGAGACCACGUGCGUGACUUUGGAAGACUCUGCAGGUUCACUGCGCCUAGUGCGGGGACCGUCCAUGGUAGAUAGCCCCGUCCAGCGUGGCCAUGAUCGGCUCCGAGUCCAUUUUUCUCUCCCUCUCGCAGUCUCUGGGGGCCCUCCAUGCUACUUGUGCAGUGGUGUUUCGAGGGAGAGCGAACGGCCGGCCCUGGCACUUUCCACCUCGAACACGAACUUUGUCGACGUCCCCAACGACAUGGUCUUGACAUUAGAGCAGGGUCAACCUUGUGAUGCCGCGGUGCUUGAAGCGACAGCCCGCCAUCUCCUGGCGAGAAACAUCUGCAGCCGCCUUCCGGCCUCGAAUGAAACACUUGUUUACCAACCUAGCCACGACUUUGCUCAAGCACUGCUGUCAACGGGACGCCAAUUCUCAUUCGUCGCUACCGACGAGGCCAGCUGCUUCAGUGAUUGGAUCUACUUCCACCCUAGGGCCUCGCGCCGCGCUAUUCAGCCUCACCUACCAGAGAGCUUGGACGCCCUUAUCGACUGUACUGGUGAAGUACCCAAAAAUCUCAUAUCCUGUGUCCCGACACACUGCAAGAUAUUCAACACGACGCUCCAUCAGCUCGACGCCAGCCUUCUGGGUCCCGCAUAUUCUGCCGCUCUCACACGUGUCAGCUCCUCAUGUAACAGACCGAGCAUCCAAAUCAGAGACCUUCCGCUGGCCACGCUCUCCAAACCGUCGAUGGUCGAUUGGACAGGUGUCGAAUCUGUGGAACUGACACUUCAGCCACUUAGCACCAGCGAGCUUUUUUCGCCAAGUGCCACUUACCUCCUUGCUGGCAUGACAGGCGACCUUGGCCUUUCACUGUGUCGCUGGAUGAUUGACAAUGGCGCCCGCAAUAUUGCCUUGACGAGCCGGAAUCCAAACGUCGACGAGGAAUUGUUGCAAGACAUGCGCCAGGGUGCUGCCGAUAUCCGAGUCUUCCGGAACGACAUCACCGACCGAGACGCUGUUUGUCGGCUUGUUGAAGAGAUCAGAGAGUCAAUGCCGCGCAUUGCUGGUGUUUUCAAUGCAUGCAUGGUCCUCCGGGAUGGACUCUUCUCCGAGAUGGACAUUGACUCCCUCAAUGGUACUCUCACGCCCAAGGUUGACGGGUCCAGGAUACUAGAUGAAAUCUUCCAGGAUGACUCUCUCGACUUUUUUGUCCUAUUUUCUUCCCUGGCGAGCAUCAUUGGAAAUGCUGGCCAAUCCAACUACCACGCUGCAAACAUGUUUCUCUCCGGUCUUGCCGCCAACCGUCGUAAGAAGGGUCUUGCAGCGUCCGUCUUGCACAUUGGUCUGGUCACCGAUGUAGGGUAUGUUGCUCGCAGGGGUCAAGCAAUGGAGGAGCGACUCCGUAGGCUGUUUUUCCUGCCAUUGUCAGAAUCGGACAUCCACCAUGCGAUGGCGGAAACCAUUCUAGCCAGUCCGUCUCACAGCACACGUCAGCACGAGAUUAUUUUGGGGCUAGAACCUUUCGUUGAUUCGCCCAACGCGACUAAACGGCCCCCAUGGGAACACAACCCAAAGUUCUCGCAUUAUGUUUCCCGGCCAUUGCUGGACGAAACGCCGGCGGUCACGGCAUCGGAAGCUACAGCAGACGUGAAACAACUGUUGGGGUCGGCGGUUUCUGCGGACACAGUCACCCCUAUUGUCCAAGAGGCAUUUGCGAGGAAACUCAAAUCGAUGAUGCAGCUCCCUACCAACAGUGUUAACCUGAAUAUUCCCCUGAUUGACUUGGGGUGCGACUCUUUGCUGGCCAUUGAAAUUCGACGCUGGUUCAUCAAAGAGGUUGGCAUUGACGUUCCAGUCCUCAAGGUGUUGUCCGGCGAUACCACGGCUCAGAUCUGUGAGGAUGCAGUUUCGCAAUUCCUGGCUUUACAGCUUGAGAAGAAAGAGGCAGUACCAUUCAACGCGAUGGAAAAGCCCAAUACAGAGCCUCAAGGACCCAGUGAUGCCCUUGGCAAAGUCGAGAGUGCCAAUGGGGGCUCCGAAACGAGUAGCCAAGGCGAUGAUUCGCGAGGAAAUUUCUCGUCGUCGAGCAGUCACACCAGUCCAAGUCUCCAAGCUACUACUCCUGGCGUCAAACCGAGUACCCCAGCGCCAUUGGAUGGUGACGCAGGACCUCCCGAUUGUGCACUUGAGCGAGCCAUAAUUCGGGUUGAACGUGCCUCCUUUGCCCAGUCAAGACUGUGGUUCUUGACGCAGUAUCUCCAUGAUCCAACGACGUACAAUGUCACCGUUCGUUACGAUGUUACAGGGAAGCUUCCAGUUUCACGAAUCGUCAAUGCACUGCACACAACCAUUCGCCAUCAUCAGUCUCUGCAAAUGUGCCUUUUCAUGGACUCGGACAACGAAACACUGAUGCAAGGAGUCCUGUCGCCGCCUUGCAGUUCUAUCAAAACUGUUCUUUCUGGAAACGAGCAUACCGUCAUAGAGGAAUACGAGCGUUUGCAUCGUCGAGCUUGGGAUCUCGAGAAGGCGGAAACCUUCGCGGUCACUGUCGUUUCUUUGUCGCCCGAACAGCAUAUCAUUAUCUUCGGGUACCAUCAUAUCGUCAUGGACGGGGUGAGCUGGCACCUUUUCUUGCGAGACCUGGACCUCGCAUAUCGCCUUAGAUCGCUCCCUCCGAUUGAGAUGGAAUAUAUCGAGUGGUCGGACAAGCAAUUUCGGUCCGCUCAGCGAGGAGACUUCACCAGACAACUCGAUUACUGGCGCAAGCAGCACUCGCCUCCACUCUCUGUCAUGCCACUGUUACCAAUGGCUCGGACGGAUUCUCGCAAGCCGCUCACCACAUAUGACAGCCAUGUCGUCCGCGCCGAAAUUGAUCGGGGGCUGGUGUCGCACAUCCGGCAUGUCAGCCAGUCUUUGCGCGUCACUUCCUUCCACUUCCAUCUAGCCGUGAUCCAAAGCAUCCUUUGCCGCUUAUUGAAGAUAGAGGAUCUUUGCAUUGGAGUCGUAGAUGCGAACCGAACUAAUGAAGCUCAUUCGGGAACUGUGGGAUUCUUUCUAAAUCUUCUUCCGGUCCGCUUUAAUACGAAGAAGCACAGCACAUUCCAAGAUCUGGUUUCCUCAACCAGACGCACAAUUCUUGAAGCCCUUUCCAACUCGGAGACGCCGUUCGACCUCAUUCUCGAGGAUCUGAAAGUCGUGCGACGUGCAGAAUACAGCCCCUUGUUCCAAGUCGCUGUCAAUUAUCGCAUGGGCGCAAUGCUCCAGGUUCCACUUGGAGACGGCAAAAUGGAGAUGGCGUCUGUCGACGACGCAAAGAACCCGUACGACCUCAGUUUCGGGAUCACAGAGUCUGCGACGGGGGCUUGCUUGAUGGAACUGACUAGCCAAAAAGAACUGUACACGGAGCAGUCUACAGAGCUCUUGCUACAGAUGUACGUGGACGUCCUUCGCGCCGCGUCCGACAAUCCUUCACUUCCUGUCAAUCAGCUACCAGUCACGUUGGAAUCGUCACGCGGGAAAAGUCUUGCCGUUGCAAAAGGCCCCAGGGUUGAGUAUUCUUGGCUGAACACCCUAUGGGAACGAUUCGACGCGAUCCAGAAGUCGUACCCGGAGGAAGCUGCCAUCAAGGACGGGAAUUCAGGCAUGAGCUACUCGCAGCUGGCCAGAAGGGUUGAGCAACUUGCCGGGACGCUAAUCAGCCAAGAUGUUGCCGCUGGAGAUAGAGUCGGUGUUCUCCUUCAUCCGUCCAUCGACGCCAUUGCUUGUAUGCUAGCCUCGCUGCGCGUUGGAUGUAUAUAUACACCCCUCGACACGCGACUGCCGCUGGCUCGAUUGAAUACCAUUGUCGAUGGCUGCAAAGCCUCGUUGGUCUUUUACCACGUUGCAACCCGUGACGCUGCUCUGGAACUUGGAAAGUUUGCCAAACUGGCCGAUGUCGACGAUAUAAGGGGAACAGUUUCAGCGCAAGUACCGGCAGUUGCGCCUCCAUCAAAUCUGGCGUCUUUCCUGUUCCACACCAGCGGCAGUACCGGGGCUCCCAAAGGCAUUCUGCUUACCCAACAAAACUUUGUGAAUCAUCUGGCUGCGAAGACUGACAGACUGGCUCUCGGCAGGGAGGUUGUUUUACAACAGAGCUCGUUGGGAUUCGACAUGUCCGUCGUGCAGACUUUCUGCGCUUUGGCCAACGGUGGAACCUUGGUCAUCGCACCGAAGGAAGCGCGGGGAGACCCCGUUGCACUGUCCAGACUUAUUGCAAAGGAACGAGUGACGCUGACGAUUGCCACGCCCUCGGAAUACUCCUUGUUGAUGCGCUUCGGACUUGAGCAACUCCAGAAACCCUACGCAUGGAGACAUGCCUGCAUGGGCGGCGAAGUCGUGUCGCGGCAGUUGAUUCAGCAGUUUUGCCAGCUGGAUCAUCCUGAUUUGCAGCUGACCAACUGCUAUGGUCCAACGGAAAUCACCGCUGCUGCAACAUUCCAAGACAUCCCUCUCCAAUUGGAAGACCAGAGUACUACUGAUGGAUCCCCGGUGGGAAAGCCCUUGCCCAACUACUCGGUCUACAUCAUGGACGCUUCUGGAUCUCCGGAGCCCAUUGGUAUCGCCGGCGAGAUAUGUAUCGGAGGUGCUGGUGUUUCACUAGGCUAUUUGAAAUCUCUCGAACAGACUGACGCGAAGUUCGUUCAGGACCCCUUUGCUAGCCCAAAGGAUAUUGCCUGCGGUUGGACGAAAAUGUACAGAACAGGAGAUAUGGGGCGACUCCUCGAGGAUGGCACUUUGGUUUUCAUGGGCCGCAUGGACGGCGAUAAUCAGGUCAAAUUGAAUGGUGUGCGGAUUGAGCUCGAUGGAAUUGCCAACAGCAUUCUCGCCACUGGACAUGAUCUGGUGUCCGAAGCUGUAGUCACCGUUCGUCCUGGCUCUGGCUCCGGUUCGCCACUCCUCGUGGCUCAUGUCGUCCCUCUUCGGGCCCCCGUUGACGUCUCCAGACUUCAGCAGCUCGCCAGAGAUCUUCCACUGCCACCGUACAUGCUUCCGUCCGUGGUCAUUGCCCUGGACCGCCUGCCUACCAACGCUAACGGGAAGGUUGACAGGAAGGCCGUCAUGGCACUGCCCCUGCCAACCCACCCCGCUGAAAGCGCGGCGGGUACCGGCCUUGGUAAUGCAAGGCAUCUCAGCCUCGCAGAGGGCGAGCUACGCCUGCUGUGGGAGAAAGUCCUUCCGGUCUCCGGUGGCCCGUCACGACUAGAUGCCGAUUCCGAUUUCUUCAUGCGAGGAGGAACAUCCAUGCUGCUGGUCCGACUCCAGGGUGCUAUCAAGCAGUCGAUUGGGGUUUCAAUCCCCAUCGCGGAACUGUACCAGUUUCCGACUCUCGGUCAAAUGGCGAGGCGAAUCAGUCGCCGUAAGGAAGAGCUUCAGGUGUCCCACACAUCAGUAAUUGACUGGGAUUCCGAAACCUCACAGACCCAAUGCCUCAUCUCCGCAGCUCAAAGCCAAUACUCGACACGUCAAGCAAAAUUCCAUGACCGUCAGGAGAUCUUGCUUACCGGUUCCACUACUUUCCUCGGCAAAACAAUUCUGCAGUCCCUCCUCCACAAUCUGCGCGUUAAACGAGUGCACUGCGUCGCUGUCCCCGCGGAGGAUGCGUCCCUCCUCCCGUCGUCCGACAAGAUCGUCAUCUACGCCGGCAGCCUCCUCACGCCCAAUCUGGGGUUGUCGCAGACAGAGAUGGCGGACCUUCAAUCCCUCAUAGACGUCAUCAUCCAUGCCGGGAGCACGGGGCACUGCCUGAACAACUACACUUCCCUACGCACCGCGAACCUCGGCUCAACGAGGUUCUUGGCGGGCCUUGCUAUUUCACGCAGAAUCCCCAUCCAUUUCAUCUCGUCCAACCGUGUCACCUUGCUCUCUGGCAAUAACAGUCUCCCUCCGGUCUCGGUUUCAUCCUCCCUACCCAACCCGGAUGGCUCCGAGGGCUUCACCGCCAGCAAAUGGGCCUGUGAACGGCUCCUUGAAUCAGCCGCCGCACUCGAACCCGGACUCCCCGUUACGAUCCAUCGUCCGUGCGCGGUCAUUGGAGACGAGGCGCCAAACGAGGAUGCUCUGAAUGCUCUUCUGAAAUACUCCAAGCUCACGCGCUGUGUUCCGCGUUUCGAAAACUUCGAAGGGUAUCUUGAUUUCGAGGACGUACACAGGGUCGCCGGGGCGAUCGUGGCAGACGCUCUGUCUACUGCUGAGUCAAAGACGAGCAAGUCUACUACACGAUUCGUGCACCACUCCAGCGGGCACAAAGUGUCCAUGAAGGACUUCAGAGGCCGAAUGGAGACUUUGUUCGCGUGUCCGUUUGAGGAGGUCUCUAUGGCUGAGUGGAUUGAACGCGCAUUGCAGGCUGGUAUCGAUCCACUGAUCACGGGAUACUUGGAGGCGAUGACGAUGAAGGGGGAGACGAUUCGGUUUCCUUAUAUGGGAGAGACGGGAUCGCUUUGA